GACCUGCUCCCAGACCAAAGCUUUCCACUUUCCCACGCCCGCGGAAGAUCACCACGGCCAACAACCCCAGUGGGACAGCAUUCGCAAACAAACACUCCCCUGGCAGCGGCCUCCCGUGGUCCAUAGCAUACUGUACUCGUUACACCUACCCUUUGCUGCAUCUCUCUCUGGCUGACGCCCGCUUCAGUUCGUCCACCUUCGCAACCAUAGAUCAAAUGUCCCAAGCUCACGCCGCGGCUGCGGUCGGGGGCGGCAAGGUCGUCAUCCUUGGCGGCCAGGGCUUCAUCGGAAGAUCAGUCGCACGCGCCAUCCUCUCUGCCUCACCCACCGUCCGCGUCCAGCUCGCCUCCCGUCGCAUAAACCCCAAAUCCCCACCCCUCCUAACCACCAAACAAUCCGACCUAGCCUCCUUCCUCCCCCCCACAUCCCCACCCUCCCUCCUCUCCCGCGUCCUCCCCCCCUGCCACGCCGACAUCACCGACCCAGCCUCCCUCGCCAAAGCCUGCGCCGACGCCACGGGGAUCGUCAACCUCGUUGGGAUCAUGCACGAGCAACACCCGAAAUACACCUUCGACAGUGUUCAUGAACAUGGGCCUAGGAGUGUGGCGAAGGUGGCCAAGGAGGUUGGGGCGAGGUUGGUGCAUGUGAGCGCGAUUGGAGCGGAUCCGGAGAGUGACAUUCCGUAUGCGAGGAGCAAAGGGAGGGGCGAGGAUGCGGUGAGGAGUGUGUUGAGGGAUGAGGUGACGAUUAUUCGGCCCAGUAUUGUUUUUGGGCCCGACGAUGAUUUCUUCAAUAGAUUCGCAAAGCUGGCGACGAUCCUACCGGUGGUACCAGUCUUUGGAGGAGGAGAGACACGAUUCCAACCUGUCUACGUGGAAGACCUAGCCAAAGGGAUCGCGGCAUCAGUCCUCUCCCCCAAACCCAUCGGCAAAACAAUCGAAGCAGGGGGGCCCAACGUGUACACAUACGCCGACAUGAUGAAACUCAUGCUGCAGCAGGCCAACAUGUGGCGACCCGUCGUUUCUGUGCCCUGGUUCGUGGGCAAUGUCCAGGGGAUGGUGUUUGAGAAACUGCCCCUGAACCUCUUCACGCUGACUCGAGACCAGGUCAGGCUGCUCAAGUUUGAUAACGUGGUUGGCGAGGGCGCCGAGACGCUGGAAGCUUUGGGGGUCCAUUUGACACCCGCGGAGGAGGUUCUUCAUACCUAUCUA